AUCAAUCCAACAAUCAAAUCAAAUUAAAGUUGAUAAAUUAGCUUGAAUUACAAAAGCUAAAAUCUAAUAAUAAGAAAAAUGGGAUCAUCAACAAAGAUGAAUGAAACACACUUAAAGGCUAUAGCUGAGAUGGAAAAAGAGGUAGAGGCAGGAUACCAUUGAAUUCCAGGAGCCGAAAGAUUGGUCUGGCAACUAAUAGUGGUGGUCUGGCAACUACAAAAUGUUCUAUCAUGAAUUUUGGUGAGGAUACCAUUGAAUUCCAGGAGCCGAAAGAUUGGUCUGGUAGUGUUUUGGGCGAGUACCCUCCUCAAAUUAAGGCGAGCACAUCUGCCAAGUUUACGCAUCAAGGUGAUGAUGGUUCAAUGGGGGCUGUAGUUUAUGUUGGACCUCGUAAAAAGGGUGGGUCGACUGAAUGUGCAUGGGUCUUUGCAUGGUACACACCGGGCAAUGGAAACGCAAACAAGACUUACGUGGAAGUUGGGCCCGCUGAAGAUUAUCCUAAAGAUAACAUAGAUAGAUGGGACACUAUCAAAGAAAACCUUCUGAAAGCUCCCGGCCAUACAAGUCAUGCCAUUGAUAACGUCAAAACUGGAGCUGAGGCGUCUUCCAGCAUUAAGCCUGGAUAUACUUCUGUGGCCACUUCUGUAUUCGAUGUUGUUAAAAUCAAGUAAUCUCAUCUUAUCAACAACUAAGGGCCAUUGAUGGAGCUAUUACACCUUUUCUGUAUUAUUUUUAAUUAAAACUAUAUGUAUGCACCAUACCCUUAGUCGUUACUGCCUUAAUUUGCUUUUUGUUCUUGUGUGUUGUUAUCAAUCUAAGUGUGCUGCUUGCAACUUUGUAAUCUUUUUUACUUUUUUUUUUAUUGAAUCCGUCUUUUUGUUUUCCUUUAUUGCCUUUUCUUAUCUUGUCUCCUCGUUAUUUUAGCGUACAAUAAAUUACACUACAACACCUUGAUUGUUGAUCUUGUUCUUAUUUUUUAUACAUAUUAUUUUUGCAAAAAUACCUGUUGAUUCCAUGAAAAACACUAGCCAAAUUAAAAUCUUCCCUAGUGCAAGUUCGCCGUACUCAAAAUCAAAGAUAUGUCCUCUUUCGGUUGUGCUGUGGUUUGGAACUCACUGCCUUAGAACGAAACACGCCACCAGCGGUACACAUCUCCCAGUGACGCACGUCUCCCAAGUUUUAUACAACGACCUCCGUAAUCCGUGUACCCAAACUCAAAGGUUGGAAUUGCUCAAGAACUGUUCAGAUCUCAGAGGAUAGGUUUUUAUUUAGGUUUUGAUAUUAAUCAUUUAAUCCACAGUAUAGAGGAUAUUUUUUUUUUUUUUUUUUUUAACUUGGAUGGAAGGAGUUAGGAAGGAUAUGAAUUAUAUAGAUUUGCAUGAGGAUGAAGCAUUGGAUCGUAAGGGAUCAAUGGAGGAGGAAGAUUUUUGAAGAUGACUACACGAAAUAGUCAAAUUUGGUUUUUGUAGGCGACCCUACUUUUGAGAUUAAGGCUUUGAUUGGUUGAUUAGAUACUCAAUAUAUUUUUACUUAGAUACUCCAUAUAAUGAAUUUGAUGAAUGAAAAAUAAUUGUAAUAUAGGUAGGGGAUUAACCUCCUUUAAUUCACCAUCUACUUUAUUUAUCUUUUUAAUCUAUUUAAUGAGUUUAUCUAGUACAUUUUGUGUUAUUUUCAAAUUAAAUUAUCUCUAGGAGAUUUUAUUCUAUUAGUUUGAUACAUAUUUAUCAAAUUUUAUGUGAUAUAUAUAAUUUACAAAUAAUGUAAAUAGUCUUUGGACUUACCGUACGUGACAUGAAUUCUAAACUAGUUUUCAGUAUUAUAGGAGGAG